AUGUGUCAUACUUGGGAGGAAAUCUGCUUCAUCUGCAAAAGAGCCACUGGAAAGACAGAAGUCAGACUUUGUCCAUUGGCAAGAGAACCUGAGCAUGAGAUGGAACGUUCAGAGACUGUGUGCCCAGUAGGGGGAUGCCCAAUAGAACAUGACAAGACUGCUAAAAGUACUACACAUUUUCCGCAGAGACUGUUCGGACUUAUAACCUUUCGCUACCACGACUACCUUUUUAGUGUGCAACGGCAUACUCCAGUCCUAGCACCAGGUUAA